UAGACUACAAAGUUCUAUCGCAUUGUAUAUUGUAAACACUGUUUACACAUUAAGUAAACGAUAUGUGCACAAAAAAAAUACCACGAAUUCUUUCAAUUCAAAGUCAUGUAGUGUCUGGUUACGUUGGUAAUAAAAGUGCAAUAUUUCCUUUACAGCUGUUGGGCUUUGAAGUGGAUGCAAUUAAUUCUGUUCAAUUUUCCAAUCAUACAAAUUAUAAAACUUGUAAAGGUCAGAUACUAAAUGAUAAAGAUUUAGAGGAUUUAAUGAAUGGUUUAGCACAAAAUGAUUUGGAUAAUUAUACUCAUUUACUCACUGGAUAUAUUGGUACCGUUUCAUUCCUAAAAAAAAUAGUAGAGGUGGUUCAUUCAUUAAAACUUAAAAAUCCUAAUCUUAUAUAUGUAUGUGAUCCUGUUAUGGGAGAUAAUGGAAAAAUGUAUGUUGCUGAAGAAUUGAAGGAAAUUUAUAAAAAAGAGAUAAUACCUUUGGCAGAUAUUAUAGUACCAAAUCAAUUCGAAUUAGAAUUAUUAAGUGACAUGAAAAUCAAUACAAUGUCUGAGUUACAAAGCAGCAUAAAAAAGUUACAUAAAGUUGGUCCUCAAGUAGUAGCUAUUUCAUCAAUAGAAAUUAUUAAGGAUAAAUUAACAUCAGUAAUUAGUACAAAGAAAGACAACAAAUUAAUAAAAAUAGAUAUUCCAAAAAUAUCAAUUAGUUUCACAGGUUCUGGAGAUCUUUAUGCUGCCUUACUUUUAGCUCACACAUAUUUACAAGAUGAUAUGAUAACUGCUAUCGAAAAGACUACAAAUUCUUUAUACAGUGUUCUACUGAAGACUUAUGAACAUUUUCAAGCAUGUCAAAAUGAAGAAUCACAGUUUGCAAGGAAAAUUGAGUUACGUUUAAUACAAUGCAAGAAUUACAUUGAAAAUCCAGAAAUUUGUUUGUUUGCUAAACCAUUUACAUGGGCAAAUUAAAUUGUUGAAGAAACAUAUAUACAUCCAAACUAUU